UAUAAGUUGAAUUGAUUUUAAUUGAUUGUGAAGUAUUGAAUACUUGUAACUUAAGUGACCUAUUUAAAGUAAUGAAUAAUGUUAAAAAGAAUAUGCAAUCUGGCAUCAGACCCCAAGUGUCUCGUCCCAGAUUUUGUGUCUGGGGAACAAAAUGAUCUGAAAUUUAUUCCAUCACUGCCAUUUGAAAUUAACUGAAAACCUUAAAAGAGGUGUUGCAACAAGUGGUCCAUGGGUCAGUGUGUCACUGUUGCAUUAACAGCUAUCUUGUAAUGCCAAUGAGUUUAUGUAUUAGCCCUCCUAAUACUACACUGUAAGCAGGAUGUGAAAAUAAUGCAUAUAAAGACAGCAGAGAUAAUAUAAAUGAAAAGGGCUCACCUUUUUCUUGUGCUGUGGACUGUCAGAUGUUUCAAGAUGGGUCAGACUCCAGGUGUCCCCAUAACACUAAAUUAACUUCAAAGGGAAUGAUAAUAACAUGCCUCCAGGAUUUCCUGUGCUUCACAGCACAUAAUGGUAAAAACCUGUUCCUAAGCGGACGGAAAUAAUUGAGAGUCUAUCAUAAUGACUAAUGAGCGAUCAAGCUUUGCUUGGCUGAAAAUGAAUGUGCGCCGCCAUCUGUACAAUUUUAAAAUUACACACAAAGCGGACACAGCGCAUUGCUGCCACCUGCCUCCUCGGAAAUCAAACCAAAAACGAACAGCAGACUUUAUUCAUCAAAACAGUACAGUGGACUGUGCGAUGUGCAAUUCACAUUUUGUUAAUAUUUUACGUAAUUUCACUUUCGUCUCCGCAUAAUUUUAAGCGAAUAAGUAAUAAGACCAGCAUGUUACAUCAGAUGACGUUUACUCAUGUGAGAUCCAAUAAAAUCUUUGCAACGAUAGUCAAACACGGCGAUUAUCACCGUCUUGAUCAUAAUGAAGGAGCCUAACCACCUAAAUGCACCGCCACCGACCACCGUGUCCGCGGCCCCUCCUGUGCAGACGGAAGCGCCUGCUGUUGCGUGUCCCGCCGCUUGGGGUCAGGCAUGUAAACAGAGCAGGGAGGGCGACGCAUGCGGACGGCGCAGAGGAUGAUGGGAGAUUCGGGGCGGUUCCUCUGUGGCCAUUUUCAAACAGCGGCGCUGAGCUGCGCUGUCGAGUGGGUCCGCCGAGUGCAGGAGGGGCGGUUAGGAAACCAAGGAAACAGUUACGCGAGUGACCAAGAUGUUAGAUCCAAUACAAAUACGGCGGCGGGGAGCCGUGGACUUUGGGACCUAUUAUGACUACGCUUGUGCGGCCCAAGACAUGAUCCCGGUCCAAGUUGUCAAGGCACACGUGAGCCAAGGUGUGCUGGACUUCAACGGAGAUCGCAUCAGACUGGCGGACUGGUCGCCGAUACUCAACUCCGUGGCCAUAAACAAACAACUGCACAGCAUCGUCAUCGGCAGCUGCUAUCAGCCCGGUCUCGGAGAACCAGAGAGGUCUCGGGUAUAUAACAGGAAGAAGAUCCCGGCGUUCCGGUCCAAGGACAUGACAUUCCGGCUGUGUAAAGCCAUUCGGGACUGCCUGAGUAUUUCUCCCUGCCUUCGAACACUGAGGCUGCAUGGCCUCCCACUCAGAGAGAGAGACCUGAUCGCCCUCACUAAGGGUCUUGCGAAAUGUUCGUCGUUGGAGAACCUUUCUCUGGCGUACUGUCCAAUAGGAGACGAAGGAUUACAAACAAUCUGCCAGAGUGUGAAGUAUUCCACUUCAAUCAAGACCGUUGAUUUCACCGGCUGUAAUUUAACCUGGCAGGGUGCCGAACACAUGGCCAAUAUCAUCAAGCACCAGGCCACCAGGAGGCGCAGUGACGUUUGGGCAGAGAGCCUGCGCUACAGGAAGCCGGACCUGGAGCACAUGGGCGGGAUCCGCAGGAUCACGCUCAACUGCAACACGCUGAUCGGAGACCGAGGAGCCGCUGCUCUCUCUCAGGAACUGGCAGAGGACCUGUGGGUCAAAGCAGUGGACCUGCAGAAAUGUGGGAUCUCCAAUGAGGGGGCGCAGGCCCUGCUGGAGACGCUGAGCACUAAUAACACCCUGACUGUGCUAGACCUGCGCAGGAACCCGCUGGUGGACAACAACCUCGUGAAGACCAUCAUCGAGAAGGUCCUCACGAACUCCAAGGGAAACUCUGCUGAGUAUUCCUGGAUCAAGCCUCCAGCACAUAAAGAAUCUCAGAAAGCCAGAGGACAGAAGGGAGCCAGAGGGAAAUCCACCUUCAGAAUCGGCGCUCGAAGAGCCCCCUCUGGUGGUGGCAGGAGUCCUUGCACCCUGCAGCCGCAGAGCCGCCUGGCUGGGGCCAUACCCUGGAGAUCUGCCGGCCGCGCUGGACGCACCAGAGCUCUUACUGAGGGCGUGGCAGAUCACUCAUUCCAGGAGGCAGCUAGUGUGAAGAUCACAGUGGAGAUGGAGUCUGAAUCAGAGGAGAGUAGAACACACACCCCCCCGGUGCUCAGCCCUCGAGAGGCCAUCACAGUGCGCCAGUACAAACGACUACAGGUGGAGCUGGAGGAGUACCGGCUCAGACUGACUGAGGAGCGGAAGGCCAGGGUGCGAGCUGAUGCCCGUUUAGCAGAGGUGGAGCUGGAGAACGCUCGGCUGAGGGCGGCGAACGCGUCGCUGUCGGAGGCGCUGCAGGGCCAGGCCGUGGCCAGCGCGCUGGAGGACGACGCCGUGCUGGAGAGCAUCGAGACUUCCUUCCACAAGUUCCACGCCUUCCUGGACCUGCUGAAGGACGCUGGGCUGGGUCAGCUGGCCUCCAUGGCGGGGUUGGAUCAGUCUCAGCUGCAGCCGCCCGGACGACCCCAGUUCUCCUCCACCCUCGGCCCCAACGCAGGGAGAGACAGCAAGCUGGCAGUAAGAGAAGAGCUCCCUGCUCCUCCUGUGCACCAGCCUGGCGGCUCCACAGGGGGCGCUGUAACAUCCCCGGUGGACUUCCUGCCGGAAAGAGCUGCACAGGAAGUGUCCGUCAGUCCGCUGGGCGGCUCGGUGGGGAGUGGCCGGCAUUCCUCAGGCUCGGGGGGGAGGCCUGCCGAGGAAUGGGGCGCGCUGCGGGAUCCCCCUCCACCCGAACCCACGGCCCGCUCUGGCGAUGGGGAAGACUCCCGCGGCAACGGCUCCCACGGCAACGGCUCACACGACAACGACUCCCAUAGCAAUGGGUCCCGCAGGGACAGCCCCAGCGUGAGAGGGGGGUUGCGGGGGUCCGGAGCGGGGAGGAGCGGGUCCGAAUCGGAGCCCCUGGAGCAGAUCCAUUCCCUGAGCAGCCUGGAGCCCAGCUCCGAUCUGGGGUUUUGAGCCCCGCCCCCUUCACAGGCCUUCCUCAGGCCACGCCCCUCUCUCACUGCUCUCCUCUUAGUGCCUUCUGUUACGAAGGUGCCUACAUGCAGUCAGAAUAGAAGGCUUUCGCUGGCUAUUCUCCAAACCGGCGAUGCCAGCUCUGGCUUGUUUUCCCAGGUGUGUUUCGCAAUAAAUAAUACCAGUGCAUAUUGUAAGACAGUGCUGCUGUAAUUUGAUUCAGGUAUGCGGUGGUGGUGUGCAUCACGGAAAUUAAGGUCUCAGAACCACAGUAAAAGUCCUGAACUGCGGUGCUGGACCGAACAUUUUUUACUGCUCAUCUAAAUCUUGGGUCCCCAGCCCUGGUCCUGGAGAGCCACUCGGUCUGCUGUGUUUUGUUUUCCCCCUAAAAUCCACUAAUUCAGACCCAAGAAACUAGGUGAGGUGAGUUACCCAUUUAAGCUACCACAGGAGGAGCAGCAGCAACAAAUCUAGAGACCCUGUAGCUGUCCAGGGCUGUAGUUGGGAAGCCCUGUUCUGAUUCAUUCGUUUUCAGUUUGCGCAGUCCAGUUGUACAGUCAUGGAUUGGGAUAAUGAACAAAAUCCAGUUUUGUAAAAUGACACAAUUAAGUAGUGAAUGGUAUGAUGGUUAACGAUGCUGUGAUGUGUGCAUUCAGACACGACCUAGAAAUCCCUGCCUGCAAUUUUCAUUGUGCCAAUAAUAAAAGUGAAAUCACAGACA